CAAUCUUCUUCUUCUGACAAUUAUGUUUGAUAAGUAUGUCGAUGACAUAAUCCAUUUCUGCGCAAGUUGAGGUAAACAACCAUUGCCGAUGAAGAAUAAGAGAAUGCGGAACGUAUCUAUGUCUGAUAGGGGUUUACCCCAAAAGGCCAAUUUAUAAGCUCUCGGCCAAGAACGUAAUGGGAAAAAAAGUUCACCAUCAAUUAAUUGAAGUAGGUUUCGGCGUUCUUGAGUGUACUGUUGAUGGCUUAAGGAGUAACAAUAGUUGGCGUAACUUAGAAGCUCUUCUCUGUCCAUCUUGAAACAGUUGACAAGUAGAUAGCCGUACCAAAACUGCCAAAAGCUUGUCAAUGAUGUCAUUUUAUAGAAGGAUCGAGUGGCCAUUGUUGCCAAGACAAUGAAGUAAUUAAUGUAAAAAAUCUAUUACGAAGUUCUUAUCGAUCAGUGUCUUUCUUUGCUUAAAAAUUACCGCUGGGAAACCGAGCAAUAAAAAAGUAUGAUAAAGUUUGAUUAAAGUCAAGAAAUUUAAAGAUAAUGCGUGAGUUUUGCGGAACGAAAUAAUUUUUUUGCGAACCUAAAAGAAAAAGGGUGUUAGAGUGGAGCUGGGUACCAGGUUUUGAUUUGCAUACUUCCAAUUCACUGGUCACCGGUCACUGCACACUGCCUGGCUCUGAAACAAUCAAAGCUAAAUGGAGAAGUUAACAAGAGAUUACGCUAUUUUAGCAAGAUUGAUAUUUGUAUUUAGGAUUUUUGGUUUAACUUUUAUUAAGUUAAAGAAAUUGUGUUUGAUAUUGAGAAGAUUUGUUUUGCAAUCACCACAUGAAAGGAUAAAAGCAAAACUAAGUGGAGACGAGGAAGCUGCUGCAACUGAGUUCGCUGCCCAAUGCGAGAGUUUGAAUGCAAUUUAUCCAGAAGUGGCAGCUAAAGAUGAAAAAGAACUUCGGAAGGUAUUGCAUGGAUAUGGAAUUGAUAGCAACAUUCCCACAGGAUAUCUUUUAAUGACAAAUAGGCAAAAGUGUCGAUGCUGUGGCAAAGAAUUAUCAGUCGAGAACAAACCUCACAACUUAAUGGUAUAUGACCUCAAACAUGGACCGCUAGUUGGAUCAAGAAUGACUAAGAUUUGUAGAAGAUGUGACAUUCAUGAACAUUGUGGCUAUUGGACUUUAAAAGGAUUCAAGCACUACGACAAAGAGAGUUUAGAUGACUGCAAUUAUUUACUAACUUCAGAAGAAACGGCCAUAGACAUUGAUAUGCUUAAAGACGUAGGGAAUUUACUCAUUGUUGGAGCUGUGCCAUUCUCAACCUAUGCGUCAUCAUACAACAGAAGAUUUGGAAAUGAGGAUCAGUCUUGCAUAGAUGAAGAAAAAGUGGAUAUAAGGAAAGGAAAACAAACAGCACAAGAACUUUUUAAACGAAGGAAGGGCCUAGAUCGCAGGAGGCUAGAGGAGGCAUUUAUUGUAUACGCAUCCCUUGAUUUAAUGAGACGCCAUAAUUUUGAAAUUGAACACUUUCCUUAUGACAAGAGUGAAUUGACAAAACUUGUGGUCAUCUGCUUCCACAGCAUAUUUGUUUCCAAAUGGUCAGAACACAGUUGUCAACAUAAGGGAUGCAAGAAUGUAGUUGUCAUUGAUGGGAACAUGAAAAAUUGCAGACAAGUUUGCUCCUGUAAAGGUGUUACACAGCUUCAAUUUGAGGGGAUGAUUGGUGCCAUAACAGUUGGUUGUCUAAAUACACCAGCUAAAGGAUUACGAUUGUGUAAAGAUCAUUCUACAACCUCUAUAGCUUUUCGUGAUGAUGAAAAUUUGAUGAAUGAAAAACAGUGUGAUGAUAAAGAUGAUAAAGAUGAUCUUCUCCCUCUCAGUGUAAUUAAUGAAAGGGAAACUAGAAGUGGCAAGUUUUUUGAGAUAAAAUGGAAUGAUGGCCGCUGCACAUGGGUAAAGGAGAGUAAUCUACCCGCCAAGUUUUUAGAAAAUUCAAGCAAGAUUCAUAUAGUGGAUGUAGAUGAAGUUGGACAAAAAAGAAUGGAAUAUACAAUGGUAACAGAUAAACACAAAGAAAAUGACAAGCAGGAAAAAGUUUUUGAAAGUCAUGGAUUUGCUGUUGAAAAUUAUCAUGAUAACUAUGUUGAGGAUGAGGAUGGAUCUAAGCUAAGAUCAUUGAUCUGUGGAACUGAGAAAGGAAAACACAAAUGCAAGAAUGCAAAAACUGCAGGCAUUCUUGUGUUUGAAAGACCUUGUGGUGUGGUCAUUGAUGUCCGUGAACUGUUUGGAAGUGAAAGCAAAUCACAGGUUUACGGUCACCUCCAUCAAUUAAUGACCAAAGAACAUAUGUCGACAACAGAAGUAAUCUGCUAUGACGAUGCUUGUCAUCUUAAAAAGUUCUGCAAAAACCCUGUUCGUUCCAAUGACACCAAAACAUCAAGAGAAUUGGCACAAAUGGAAAUGGUUUGCGACAGAUUUCACUUCAAAAAUCAUACAGACAAGUGGUGUCGUAGGAAUUGUAACCCCUAUAAUUGUAAUGCUUUAAAGGAUGUGAAUACAGAAGUAUGCGAGCAGUUAUUUUCGUGGCUAUCCACCUUUUCAAGAAUUACAAAGCAUAUGAAUCGAUAUAGAUUUUUGUUUAUGAUGUUGUAUGUGCUAGAUUGCCACAAUGAAGAUGUAAAUAAAUAAUUAAUUAAAUAUAAUCAAUGUAAAUAAUAAUAAUAUUAACAAUUAUUGUAGAGGUUUCAAUUUCAAAGAUACUUGUCCUAAUUUUUUUGUCAGCUGAACAAUAACCUAGCUCGUCGUAUUGAUAAACAAAAGAGCUGUGUGGAUAGAUUUGCAUGACAUUGAAAAUCCACCAUACACUCAAUGGAGGAGAAUUAAUAAUGAUUUAUCAUCUGUCUCUUUAAAUAAUCGUCAGCUUUCUUGUGAACAUAUCAAUAGUGACUAUGCAUUAUGCUCAUUUAAUAUUGAUAGUGCCAUCAAAAAGAUUGAGAUUAAUUGGUGUGUUUGUUAAAAUUUUAUAUGUCUGACAUUAUAUCCAUAACUUUUAAAUACCCAUAUGACAAAAUGCGAGGUUGGUAAUUGGGAACGAGGUGAGCACAUGUUAUUUUAUAAUGGUGUUUUCAGUUUGGCAAUUUUGGCAUAAAGUAUGCAAUAAAGGAUGUUAUAAUAAACAUUACCAAACGACACUCGGUUUUGAAUUUUAACCACCUUUUCUCUAAUCGAGCCUCUCCAUUUUAUACAU